GUUCGUCUCUUCCACGUGACGGUGCGCAUAUGCAUCAGAUAGAAAAGAAAAGAAAAAGAAAGAGAAAAGGGAGUUGCAGACAAUUACAGUCCAUUUUUAUGUGCCUGUUUAUCAAGUGCCGUAUGCAGCCAGAGUAUUAAAUAACUUCGCCACCUACCAAAUACCAUACCGUAGCAUCAGGAGGGUGAGGGGGAAAGGAAAAAGAGGAAAAUGCAAUGGCAGCUCCUUCCGGUAGUCCGCAGAAGCUGUCGGGCAUGCAAAAGCAAGUGCUAGCGCUGUACAGAGGGUUUCUACGGGCGGCACGUACCAAAGCGCCCGAAGAGCGACGGAACAUCGAAUCGGUGGUCUCCACCGAGUUCCGCAGGAACUCGGAAUCGGUGGACCGCAAGAACUUUAUCUACAUCGAGUAUCUCCUCCGCCGCGGCAAGAAGCAGCUCGAUCAGCUCAAGAGCCCCGACACCGUCCGUUUAUCUACCCUCAAGGUCAGUUGAAGAGGAAGAAAACCCUAGGGGCAUUUUCGUAAUUUAGAUCAGAGCCCGGUACCCUCCGCAAGAUGCCCGUCUAGAAAUCUCUGAUGGCGUUUUUCGUAGUUUUGGAAUUUUAAGAAGCAGCUGGAUCAGCUCCGUCUGAUUAUGACGGAGAAAAAACCCUAGGGGCAUUUUUGUAAUUUUUUAAAAGGAAGCAGCUCAAUGAGCUCCAUCCGAUUAUCGUGAAAAAAAUAAGAAUCUCCAGGGACAUAUUUUAUAAUUUAAAUCAGAUCCCGUUGCCCUCA